AUGGGUAUUGCGAGCCUUGAAUUCCACAGCUUUGGGCCAUCAGUUAGGAUCACCAUCAUCCUCCAUGCUGCCAAAUGCCAGCCCUUCCCUGCCAUCACUCAGCAUGCACCAUCUUGGGACUCACCACCACUUUCACUGGAGUCAUGGCCAUCUGCUGCUGAUCAACAAUGGGAGGUGCAGCAAGCAAGUCAUUCCAUGCCAUCCUUGGCCACCAUUGCACCUAGCUUGGAUUUUCCAACAUCUUCCCUGGCAGUCUCACCCCCACCUAGAUCAUUGCUGGCAUCUGCACAAAUUCCACAAACUGUGCCAUCUCCCAUGGUUCAUGCAUAUAUGGAUGAGCAGUUAGAUGGUGUGGCAGCCUCCAAGCCACAGCCCAUCCUGGCUAUAUCAUGGCAACCAUCCUCCCAGCCUAUGGCCACCAAUGCCGCUGCUGCAACUUGGGUAUACAAGGACUUCAUGACAAAGGGCCAAUUACAACAUCAGUGGGAAAAGCAUGGUGGCUUGCAGUUCUUCUUGUGGGACUGA